AUGAGUGAACUAAUAAUAAAAGUAAUAGUAUAGAGCGUUUCCCUCCACUGUUCCCGGUCCCACAGAGCUCACAAAAAAUAUUCAAACACAAGGGGAUGAGUCUCUUCUCGACUGGAGAAACCCAAAACCCGGACUGGAUUCAAGCACACCGGAGCAUUUCAUUACUUCUAAACGGUUUGGGCUACAAUCCGGUAGGGAACAUCUUCAGCCGUUGUGCCCCCUACAGUUUGGAGGGUGAGUUUAACAGUAUACUCAGACAAUCCGGCAGGAAAUGUAGAUUCAACGGUAGAAGCAGAAGAAGAAAUGUCUGCCUCAUUAGGCGGGAUAUCGCUGGAUUUGAGUCAUGGAGAAAAGGGUGGCUUGUUGUAGUGAGGAAAAGAGAUUUAGAGAAGUUAACCACAGAAGUCAUGCAGCUGAGGGAGUUCCUGCCCAGAGUUCUGAACGGGCACCUGAUUCAAAUGCUGUAUAAAGCUCGGACAGCUCAGAGAAUGAAGGAGCAUCUUGUGCAGGAACAGGAGCAGCUGCGACAGGAGUGUGUGCACCUUCAAUCUCGACUGAAUGCAGUGCUGAAUGAAUGUCAGAAAGAGAGAGAGGAGAAGCUGCUGUUACGUGAGCAGCUGUGGCAGACUGGAACAGAGCUGCAGCAGCAGGCAGAGUUCUGCUCUGGUCUGGGGUCUGCAGCCUGCAGUCUGCUGUGGAGCUGCUCUGCCCGAGAGGACACAGUCUCACACUGGCUGGCUGAUGGGAAGCUCCAGGCCUUCCUUGCUGUAACUGCUCAGACUCUGGAGAUCUUUGUCAAGUCUCUGGAUGAGGAGGUGAAAACUCAAGUUGAGGACCACAACUGCCAGGAGCACCAGUUUGUACUGGCACUGGCGAGAACCAUUACUAACAUAGCAGCAGUGACAUGUGGGCAGGACUUCCUGUCCAACUCAGCUUACAACUUAUUGGACACUCUAAUGAACCUUCUGGGGCGGAUGAAUCCUGGUGUCUUCCCCAGACUGAAAGUGUUGAUGCUGAUGGCUGUGUAUAAUGUCAGCAUUAGUGUUAAAGGGCUGAAGCACAUCACUGAGAACCCAGCACUCCUGCCUCUCAUCUGGAAAAUGCUGGAUGAAGGAGACUGGGAGGUGUGCCUUCACUCUCUGCGCCUCCUGCAGUCGGUGGAGGAGGUACUGCUCCUGUUGGGCUCCUCUCUGUUGGAUCCAAACCUCCAGGCUUGUGUCAGCAAGCUCACUUCCAGCAUGCAAGUAAGCCUGAGACUGACUGCCCAGCAGACCCUGGAAGAUCUCCAGGCCCUCCAGCAGCUCUCCAGGGGUGUGUGGAGUAAACAACUUGUAUUGAAUUAGCUAAGUUAUGUUAGCCAAGGAAGCUAGUUAGCACCUAAAGCGGCUGAGAACUUAAGGAAAACCCUGUUGUUGUAUGUAUAUGAUGUUAAUUUUUGUUGUUUGCCAAAUGGAAGAAGGAAAAAGAAGAGGCAGGUUAGUUUUCAUGUUAAACAACAUGGAAACACUAACAUUUUCACACAAAACAGCAUUUAAUAGCUUAAGGUAGACUGAGAUUUAAAGUGAGCUUAGAAACUAUACCACUUAAUAGACGAAUGGGAGAACACACUCAUUCUAGACAGUGAAGUUCAAACACAGCAAAGCACAUUUUUGUGUGGAAUGUGAAAAUUUUGGAGGUUAAUGAACAAUAAUGAAUGAUUUAGUUUGACUUAGUAAACUGUGAGGGUGUUUGUGUGUUUCCAGGGUUGGGGAUGUAAAAAGAACAGCCUCUGACGCAGAUUCAGUAUUUUCAGUCCAGUCCAGUUCCUUUUAUGACAUUUGAUCUGUCUGUAUUUAGCACUGUCACUGUGUUAUUAGCACUUCAUGAGCAAAGCAAGGAGAAGAUGUUGACAUGAAAGUUUUCAUUCAUUUAUUUUCAUACAAAUUCAAACUCUAGAUUUAAGUUUAAAAAAGCCUUUCCUAUGUAAACUAUUUUUACUUGCAUUGUUCACUGUGGAGGCUUCAGAUUUGUUCACAUUAUUGUGUUUUAAUUGGUUGUUACCCAGUUAAUGUGAAUAUGAUAAUACAGAUGUG